UAGAAUAGAAAGCCAUGCACGCGUGGCAGCAUGGAGGAGAAUUCUAUUGACUUUGACUAAAGGAUAUACCGCGCCCCGGUGUACCCAUUCACUGCAGUCGUCUAGCUACAUGCAGCUGCAUGGAAUAAAAUACAGACACACUGACAUAUCUUGGAAUAAUAACACCGUUGAAAGUCUUGCUCUUGUGAUUUAAAUAUCAAUGUAGUUGACGUUUUCAUGACCUGUUACUAUCUUAACAAGUACUACAGAAUAAUAAUUCAUUAUUCCGAUAUCCAGAACAUUUUUUUUAUUUGAAAAGUGCAUCGCGUUCACACGCUUUUAAACGGAGGACCUGCAUGCGACCACGGACAUGAUGCGACACACAGCACACUCUUCAUAUGAAAAUAUUAUAUUGGUAUUACGCUCUCCGACAAAUGACCUUUGCGAACUUGAUGUCGAACUCUGUUUCAGUUUCAUCCAACAUCAAGUAUCCAUGGUGACUGGGCACUUGUGAGGGUAUCCUGAUACUGGACGAUUGUGCUUGCACCCCGUGUUGAAAACCAGGGUCAUGGCUACCGUUCCUCUGAGAUUGGUCGUUCUGUCAAGCGGGCUGUUACUUGUGGUCCUGAUCAGGGGCUAUGUGCAAGCUGAAAAUAUCCUGAUUAAUCCGAUGAUUGGGAAAGGCAGCCAUUUUUACCUAUCUGCUGCCAUUGGGGAAGAACUCAUUCAUCGGGGCUACAACGUCACUUUUCUUCUUGGAGGUGCUUUUUACGAUCAAGCUAGAAACAGCCGCUAUGGGGACAUGUUUCAUUGGGAAGUCUUUCAGCAUCCUAUACCAAGACAAACAGUCCAUGAUAUGUUUGCAAACCUAACUAAACUCAUAUCGGGAGGUGGCUUCCAACAGGAAAUGAAAAUUAUGACUGAGUUGAUGACGGCUCGCGUAAAUGAUUGUACUGCUCUUCUUGAAGACAAGUACCUGAUUGGACGUCUUCGGUCUGCCAAUUUUUCUGCAGUCUUAUAUGAUAUGACGUGGGUUUGUGGAGCAAUGGUUGGGGAAUUACUAAAUCUACCAACCUUUGUAGUCUUUCCAUUUCCUAAUCCUUGUUUGGUAACAUCUUCUCAAGGAUCACAUUUUCACCCAGCCUAUGUACCAAACUUGAUGACAACUUACUCAAACCAGAUGAAAUUCAAUGAACGAGUUGUAAACUCGUUACUUUAUAUCCUCGGAGCGUUGAUAGGUCAUUAUUACUAUGCUCCUUACAAAGGUUUGACCAAGCGGUUCAAUGUAUCAGAACCAAUGCUUCUUAUGGAGAAUAGUAAGCUUUGGUUAGUAAAUACAGAUAGUGUAGGAGAGUUUCCAUGUGCCCUAGCUCCGAAUGUCAUUCCAGUUGGUGGUCUUACCACAAGGUCACCAGAAGAACUGCCUUCUGAUAUAGAUGAAUUCAUCCAGGGCUCAAAUGAUGAUGGUAUUAUCAUCUGUUCAUUCGGAUCUUUUCUUAUUCUAGACCAGAAUAGUCUUCGUUUGAUUCGGGUAUUUUCAGAGGCGUUCGAUAGACUGCCCCAAAGAGUAAUAUGGCUUUUGAAGGAACCCCCUCCAUUUCCGAUUCCUGCCAAUAUCAAGAUCUUACCCUGGCUACCUCAGAAUGAUAUCCUUGGCCAUCGUAAAACAAGAGCUCUCUUCUUCCACGGGGGUCAGAAUAGUUAUUAUGAGGCCAUUUAUCACGGGGUACCUGUUGUUGUAAUGCCUGUAUACGGCGAUCAGAAGGAUAUCGGAGCAAGAGUCGUCAGUCAAAAAUUAGGAUUAAAAUUGGACAAAGAUUUGCUUACUGCGGAGAUUCUAUAUGACGCUCUUCAUGAGGUAACAACGAACAUUACUUAUACUAAACGGGCAAAAGAGAUGUCUCUUGCUUUCCGAAAUCGAGAAAUGAAGCCAGCUGAACGAGCUUCGUUUUGGAUUGAUUACGCAAUAAAACAUGGUACACAUCAUCUUGAGAUACCUCUACGCCGUUUAAAUUUCUUCCAGUACUAUCUCAUAGAUGUCAUUUUAUUCGUCUUAUUGUUUGUGAUAUUAACUCUCUAUGUUUCAUUCAAAUGCCUCAUGUUAGUUCGAUCCUUCAUUUGUAAUUGUCAUAUAAAAUCCAAACUUGACUAGUUUGGAAAUAUCGUUCCUUUUAUUUACUUAACAGGUCAAGAUCUUAUAUAUAUAUCAUCUUUAUUCGCCAAAUAAUAUACAUGUAACAUAAUAUGUGGCACUUCUAUAAAAAGAGAGAGAGAAAAAAAAAUUGUGCACAAUAAAUCACAAUUAAUAAAAUAUAGGGAGAGAAGAUAGAUUAAAUUGAAGCUAAUACAUAUGUAGGAAUUCAACGAACUUACCCACUUCUUCCCUUGUUAACGUGUUGCAGAUACUUUCCUGAUCUCUUACUGCUAUAAGUUCUGUCAGAACAUUCACAUCCAGUUCUUUACAAGCAGGGACAUCACAGUCCUUACUCUUAUUACAUUCACUGAGAAAAUAUUGCACCUCAUUUAAAUUAUCACAAAAAGUUGAAAAGGGUUCCUUUUGGCAUAUUUCAAAACCAUUCUUAUGAAUCCCGACCCAGUCUUAACAAUUAUGUUAUUAAACUUUUGAAAUAUAUAUAUCUUAAAGCAUUCUCAAGAGGUUGACAAUCAGACAGUAAAGCUACCAGAUCACAAUGAGUCAUAUUAUACUCUUUAUAAGGACUACAUAAUUUUCAGAAACACUUUGUCGACCUGUUAUCUUAUCGUUUUGGAGGAUUUGGACUUUAGAUUGCCUAAACUUUUGAACUUUUCUACAACCAACUGGGUGGUAAGAUGGCGGCUAGUGGGCUUUCCCGAGGUUCAUCCUACGCUAGCGCCACGAAAGCAGGCGCACACGAACAUGAACGUCACGCUAUGAACACGGAAGGUAAGCCUGUUCUCAUCAAGCACAGUGAUAUACCUUUGUCCAAGGACAAUGCCGUAACAAGCCAGGAAAUGUAUAAAGCCCUGACUAAAACAUUUUCCUUCACGAAAUUGCGUGGCAUUCAGAAGAUAGGAGGACUUUGGAGGUUAUACUUGUCGGAUCAGAAAAGUAGAAUUGACCUCAUAUCAAAAGGUCUAGACUUAUAAAACUCAUGUGUCAC